CAGACUGAGCAGCUCCCGCGCAUUCUCCGCGCAUGCGCAGCUAAGCGAACGCGGUCGCGCGCUGGGUCACGCGCAGAGACGCACGGGCGCGCGCAGCAGUAGCGGAGCAGCGCGAUCGUUCAGCAGGAUUCUCGAGAAUCAUGAGCGUGGGAAAACUGGCGCUGUGUGUGUUGGCGCUGACCGUGUGUGAGGCGUAUGUGUUUCAGGCCGGUCAGUCAUCAGGAGAUGUGGACGAAACUCCUCCACAGAGCAGAGAUUUUUCAGGCUCCUGUAAGGGCCGUUGUUUCGAGCUGAAGGAGGCGGAGCCGCCCAACUGCAGGUGUGAUAAUCUGUGUAAGACGUACCUGAGCUGCUGCUCCGACUUCGAUGAGCAGUGCCUCAAGACAGCGGGAGGGUUCGAGUGUUCACGGGAGCGCUGCGGUGAGGUCAGGAAUGAGGAUUACGCCUGUCACUGUUCAGACGACUGUCUGCUGAGAGGAGACUGCUGUACCAACUACAGACCACUGUGCAAGGGCGAGAGCUCCUGGCUGGAGGGCGACUGUGAGGAGAUUCAGAGCCCAGAAUGCCCUGCAGGGUUUGUCCGUCCUCCGCUCAUCAUCCUGUCUCUGGACGGCUUCCGUGCCUCUUACAUAAGAAAAGGGAAGAGCGUCUUACCCAACAUCCACAAACUGAGAUCGUGUGGAACUCAUGCCCCUCAUAUGAGACCCAUGUACCCGUCCAAAACCUUCCCGAACCUCUACACGCUGGCCACGGGUUUGUAUCCAGAGUCUCACGGGAUCGUGUGUAACUCCAUGUACGACCCCGUGUUCAAAGCUCAUUUCAGACUGAAAGGACGAGAGAAGCUCAAUCACCGCUGGUGGGGCGGGCAGCCCAUUUGGAUCACAGCAGAGAAGCAGGGCGUGAAAGCUGGGACGUUCUUCUGGCCCUGGGUGAUUCCUCUGGAACGGAGGAUCCUCACUAUCCUGCAGUGGCUGCACCUGCCUGAUGACGAGAGGCCGUAUGUCUACGCCAUCCACUCAGAGCAGCCGGAUGCAUACGGACACAUCCUGGGUCCACUGAGCAACGAGCUGGAUAACACUCUCAGGAAGAUCGAUAACAUCAUCGGUCAGCUGAUGAACGGCCUGAAACAGAUGAACCUCCAUCGCUGUGUGAACGUCAUCCUGGUGGGCGAUCACGGUACGAUCUCUGGUGUUCUAGCACAGAAACACACACACAUACAUACAAUUACAGUGGGCCUAAAGUCAAAAGUCCUACUUGAAAAUUUGUUACUCUCACACAGACCCUCAUUUAAACGGACUUCUCACAGCAAAUGUUCAGUGCCUUUGUGUGUGUGUGUGUGUGUGUGUUUGUGUUUGGGGGUGUAUGAUUGUGAUUGUGAAGGGUAUUUGUGUUUUUGCUGUUUGGGUGUUGAUGUUAUCACACUGACCCCAGGGUCCUCCGGAAGAAUCGGCCCCAAAAACGCCAGCACACCAUAUGAUCCGAAGGAAAUCGUAGCGAAUCUAACAUGUAAGAUGCCCAAUCAGCACUUCAAGCCGUACCUGAAGCAGCACCUGCCCAAACGCCUGCAUUACACCAACAACAGACGCAUCGAGGACGUGCACCUGCUCAUGGACAGGAAGUGGCACGUGGCAAUAUCUCCUGCGACCUGCGGCUUCUUUGGAGAUCAUGGCUUUGACAACAAGAUCAGCAGCAUGCAGAGGAUCUUUCUGGGAUUUGGACCAAACUUCAAUUUUAAGACAGAAGUGCCUGUCUUUGAGAACAUCGAGCUGUAUAACGUCAUGUGUGAUCUGCUGGGUUUGACUCCAGCUCCUAAUAACGGGACUCACGGCAGUCUGAACAGCGUGUUGAGGAAGCCCCCCUACACCCCCACACAGCCAGAGGAAGUGACAUCACCCACGCCUUUAGCCCCGCCCACUGAGGUGACCCAUGACCUGGGCUGUAACUGUGACGAUGAGAACAACAUUGAAGAAAGUUCCCAGAGGUUUCCUUCAGCUGCUGACGGACUGUUGAACAACGUCACACACCUGCCGUUCGGCCGUCCAGCCGUUCUCUUCCAGACGUCGUACACACAGCUGUGUCACUCGGAUUACUGCAGCGGCUUCAGUCACGACAUCAACAUGCCGCUGUGGAGCGCCUUCACACUCACAGCACAGGUGGAGGCUCCGGCGGUGUCGUCCAGCGAGUGUGUGAGAGCAGACCCUCGUCUCGAUCACACACACACAUGUAACAUGUACAGCCAGGAGCCCGGCGUCACACACGCGUUCCUCUACCCGCCGGAUUUCUCUGCUACGGCUGAAUCCAGAUAUGAAGCUUCACUCAUCACAAACACGGUUCCCAUGUAUCCUGCCUUCAAGAGGGUGUGGGGUUUCCUGCAGAGAAGCGUCCUCAGGAGAUACAGUCUGGAGAAUAACAAUAUAAAUGUGAUGAUGGGACCCAUAUUUGACCACGACCACGACGGACUGAGAGACACAGAAGAGAAGAUCAAAGAGCACACACUGGGCUCCAUCUUCAUCCCCACUCACUUCUACAGCAUCAUCAGCAGCUGCGAGACACUCAACCAGACGCUGGACGAGUGUGACGGAGAUCUGAGAGUCACCUGCUUCAUCCUGCCACACAGAGCCGGCAACAGCGAGAGCUGCAACAGCUGGGAGGACGAGUCUCGCUGGGUGGAGGAUCUGCUGAAGUUACACUCGGCUCGAGUGAGAGACGUGGAGCUGCUCACGGGCCUGGACUUCUACCGCUCCGCCGCGCUGCCGUACACGCGUGUGCUGGCGCUCAAAACACACAUGCAGACCUUUGAGGACGACGUGUAACGAGACGUCUAACACUCACCGCAGCCCACGCUUCCACUGUAUAGUUUUAUUCACUGUGUCAUAUUUAUUAUUCACCUUCAAGCUAAUAAUUAAACCGCCUCUCAGCUCACAACACACAACCACUACAGCUCAGUGUGUUCACGUCAUUCACAUCAGUUACCGCAAUGACAAGAGUCCCACUGAGAAAUGUGCUCACAUCCUUGAAAUAAAGUCAAAUGCAGUAAAAUGUA